GGGGCAAUCUGCUAGCUGAGAAGGGUAGGGAUAUUUGGAGAGAAGAGGGUCACUUCCCUCCUGCAGGUGCCAGCUCCCUGAAACUGCUGAUGGAGACCCGCGUGUGCUCAGAGGGCACCCAGAAGGCACCGGCUCCGGGAGAGGGAGGAGCCGCAGCCGCCCAGGUGGGGCAGGUGAGGAGCCAGCGUUCAGGUGUGUUUGGGGCCAAUGCCUACAGAACUGGAGCACAGCAAACGCUUGGUCCCAGGAUUCUGCUCUGGGAAGCCGGAUUUGUCUCCCUGACUCUGCCUAGGAAGAAAAUCAUGGAAGGGGAAGGGUUAAGAAAUUUCCAGGAACUUCGAGCCAAAUUUCAACACCUGGAUGUACCAUCUCUUUCAAGACCUAUUAAAUUCCCAGCAGGCAUUUCUGCAAAGGGUAACACUGGAAGCACACAAUCAACCGGAACCUUGGUCAGUGGGACACCCCUCUCAUCCAACCAUUGGCGCCUGCCAUAUUGUCCUAGCAAGAUGUCUCAGUCUCUUACAUCUCAGAAAAUGAAGGUGACCCAACAAAGUGAGAGGCAGAAAUGUUCUAAUUCCUCAGAACCUCCAGGAAUAUCUCUGGAUCCUGCAGGGAAUUCACAGAAGACUUCUCUGCUGUUGAGUGUAAAUCAGUCAAAUGCUAAGACAGGAGAUGAGGAGAAAGUAAUAGUGGCCAACGACUUCAGAGAUAAACUCUGGAACUGGGAGAAGGUUUCAUCUCAGAAAAGUGAGGUGUCUUCAGUCUUUCUUGUGGCCAGUGGUGGAAGGAAGGCAUUUCAUCUGGAAGAGCAAAAAAAUGUGGGGGUUAUUGCAGAGGAGCCCAGGAAACAUUGGGAAAUAAAAGGAGCCCAGACCCUUUCUUCCCAGAGGCCUUGGAUGGCCAAACAAAAAUCACUUGUUCCCUCUGAAGAUUCCACUUCUCUGCUUUCUCACCUUGGUCCUGAUAAGAACUCAGAUGCAAGGAUCUGUCAACCUAUCUAUGAGAGUGAGCUCAUCAUUGAAGUCCCUGAAAAGCAGCCAGCUGUCAGGCAUCAUCAGCUUCCCAAAACAAAGCCAUUGCCUUCUGUGGAAUCCCUGGGUCCUCCUCCUGCCAAGCCACCCAAGCCCCCAGUGGUGAACCUCUGUGCCUUCCAGAGGCAGUGGGCUACUCUUCCCAAGACUCCCAGAGAAGCUGCUGUGGAAAAGUCUUCCCUGCCUCCAGAGAGUGCUGAAUCUGAAGAACCACAUAAUUAUGAGGCAACAAUUUCAUAUCUGAGACACUCUGGCAACUCCAUUAACCUGUGUGCCACAGAAGAAAUUGCAGAGUCAAUUUAUGAAGUUGAAAUCGAUGAACCCCAGAAGCCUUGGAAGAGUUUUCUUCACCAAGAACAUAGCUUUAAACAUGAAGAUAAAGAUAAAAGAAUGAAGGAAAAGGAGUCACAUGACUGGAAACUUCAAAAAAUGGAAAAGGAUUCACAUUCAAAGCAUCCUACCAAGGUCAGUGUCUCUGAAGAAACACCUGGAAAAGACCAGAUGACCAAUAUCCAUGGAGGCAGCCAUACGUUGGAUGGGAAGCAGGAUGCUGUGACGAAAGCCAUCCACACAAGGGCCUGCCCCCAGGACCCCAAGAUGGCCAAGCACUCCCAAGGCCACUGUGGGUAUGCAGAUGCCCUGGCAGUAACUGGGGGUCAAGGGCCUUGUAAGCCAAGUCCCAUCUCAGAGGAGACUUAUGAUGAUGUAGACUACCCUGGGAGAGAAGGAUCCAAGUCAGACUUCUCUCAUUCACUCACCUCAGAUAAUGAAGAAAAUAGUGGAGAGAUGUAUGAAGAUGUCUACAAAACAAAAGGCAACUACCCAAAGAUAGAUUUAGAUGGAAAAGAAGCACUAAACAGAUUGCACAGAUUCUUCAAGAAAGAAAAGGAUAAAUUUAAAGUGAAGAAAACCAAGUCAAAAGAAAAUAUAAGCAGUGGAUUUUCCAUUUCGCUGCCCAAUUUAGAUCUUAGGUCUCAGGAUGUUACUAUCUAUGAUGAUGUUGACACAAAUGAAAAAGAGUCAAAAGAUGAAGAUAAACUGAAAACAUGGAAAUCCAAGUUUUUGAUACCAAAAGAAAGUAAGGAGAAAAACAGUGAGGAAUCAGAAAGUUUAUCUCCUAGGAACUUCUUCAGAAUCAAAAAGCAAAACCUUAAAAAGAACAGAAUGGAAAGAGAAGAAAAACUUUUUAGAGAAAGGUUUGAGUAUGACAAAGAGAUUACAGUCAUCAACACAGCAGUGACAUGUUCUAGUAAUUCAAGAAAUGGAAUGUUUGAUUUGCCAAUCACCACUGGCGAACAGCUACAAGUCAUUGAUGUCACUGAAGAAAAUCAAGUGAUAUGUCGAAAUUCAAAAGGCAAAUAUGGAUAUGUGCUAAUUGAACAUCUAAAUUUCAAGCACCAAGGUUGGUCACCUUAGGAAGAUUAAAUGGUAUCUGAUUCACAAGUGAGAAACAGUCCUGUCUCACAUUAGUUUACAUGUCAAAAGGAGAUAGUGGAAACAAACUUUCCUUAGGAAUUUAGAAGAUCCACACUGAGGUGUUAGUUUUACAUCUGAAUGGUUAUCUUUCAAUGCCUGUUUCUCUGCUAGCUCAAGAGAAGAUGAAACUGUGUUAGCAUUCAAGUACUUAUUUAAUGAGCCAUAUCUGAAGAAAUCAUGCCUCAUGGCACCCAGUGGGUUGUGCAGAUGGUUCGCAUCUAAUAUUAGUGUGUGAGUGUGUGUAAUUUAAUUCUGAAAGUAAAUAAUGUAGCCAAAGCCUUUCAAACACUCAGAUUUAAGGUGGUCUUAAUUAUGGUUCAGUCUCAAAAAAAAAUCAGACAAGUGCUUUAAAAUUGGUUUCAUCUGUGAAUUGUUUUCAGAAAAGUAAAUUUGUUCUUAAAAAUCAUCUAGAAUCACUUUAAGAAAUCCCAUUGUCCAUAAUAAGAUUAUUUUGUUUACACAUGAAAGUUUAUCUGAACAAUUUAUAUGUAUUUAAUAAAAAUUUAAUUUAUAAUGUACACUGCCAAAUAAAUUAUAUUUACAUUUA